AUGUUCAUGCUCCGAAACCUCAGUAAAUUUGUCUUUGGUGACAGCUCCAAGGAAACCAUCGUCGAGAUCGCCCAGGGCCAGCUUUACCUCGUCCGACCCCGCUCUGUCAAGGGAUACAGCGAGCUCAUUUUCCCCGACGCAACAGCGACCAUCCGCCGCACCGGGCAGGAAUUCCAGUACCAGCUCGUUAUCCAGCGCGCAUACGCAGAAGGCGAGGAGGACUUAUUGGCAGAGGAGAACGAGGACGCGGCACUCGACGCGCUCGCAGGCGACAAGGACGAAAAGACUUUUCUGCUCGACCAAGACCUGCAGUUUCGCGACGACGUACGUUCAACCGGCGAGAAGAUCUUUGCGUGGCGCGACCUCAGCGGCGACGUCGACGACCUCUGGGAGUUUGUGUGCGACCGGUCAGUCAAGCCCGAGACUGCUUCGCUAUUCGAGCGCGUUGCUCUGCAGUGCCAGUACGAGAGGAAGUUCAGGAGGAGCCACGAACACGCGACCGAAGACGACCUCGCCGCUCUAGCAUACUACGAAGAGCCCAUCCCCGACGCGAGUCCCGUCACCAGCCCGACCCUAUCCACUGCCCGUGCCCUUCCCAUCGAACCACCGACCACCGAAGAGCUCUUCCCCAACACAACCAAGGAGAAGAUGGCGAAGAAGGUCGCAGGCAAGGGCACUGUCCCAGAACAGGACGAGGCUACGGCCGCGCCACCGUCUGCCACUCAGCCCCAGGCUCUGGAGACCUUGGUCCAAGGGGAGGCAGAGCUCCACCUCUUCGACUUCCCAUCCGGCACCUUCAUGAAGCAAGACCCCAAAGUCAGUGUUACCGUUACCGAGAUCGGGGACUGGAACUACUGGCUACACAUUGCCGGUGAAGAGCGUGAGUGGCUGGGACAGCCCAUCGUCGAAGACAUCAAUCCCGUCUUCAACUACGAAUACAAAUCCUUCAUCUUCAAUCACUACCUAGACGACGGUUCAGCGUACUCAUGGCUGCUAAAGUUCGAGGAUCAAGAUGGCCUCGAGAACAUUCAGCAAGGUGUGAUGCAAGCUUUGUGGGAGCACCUGAACAAGAUCAAAUGGGGCAAGGCAAAGGAUACGGAUCGAGAGUACGUCUUGGAAGCCUUCCAAGACUUAACCAUGGAGGAUGCUCCAGAUGAAGAGCCAGAAGAGGAAGAAGAGGAAGAAGAGGACGAGUAUGAGAGCACGAACGAGCAGCGAAGCGAGCACUACGACUCUGACGAGUCAGAAGACGACGUCGAGACUGGCCCCACGGACGGAGACCAAAACUCGCAGCUGGCGGUUGGCUACAAGCACGACAGGUCGUUUGUUGUGCGUGGCAAUAAAAUUGGUGUCUUCAAGCACACUCCCGAGAACCAGCUUCAGUUCUCCACAACCAUCUCGAACAUCAAGACACCAGGCGGCAAGGCUUUCAACCCGAACAAGGUCAUGCUGCAUCAGCAGGAUCGUGAUAUGAUUCUCCAGAACCUUGAUAACCCAAACAACCUCUAUCGAAUGGAUCUCGAGACUGGUACCGUUGUAGAUGAGUGGAAGGUGCACGACGACAUUCCAGUCAAGGUUUUUGCACCAGAGAAUAAAUUUGCCCAAAUGAGCGGCGAGCAGACCUUCCUGGGUCUCUCCGAUAACGCGCUCUACCGUGUCGAUCCCCGUUUGGCUGGCAACAAGCUCGUCGAUGAUCAGCUCAAACAGUAUGCUACAAAGAACGCAUUCUCAGCCGCUGCGACGACCGAGAAGGGCCACAUCGCUGUUGCAUCCGAGAAGGGAGAUAUCCGUCUGUUUGACAGACUCGGUAUCAACGCUAAGACUCUCAUCCCCGCGCUCGGUGAUCCUAUCAUCGGCAUGGACGUCUCAGCAGACGGUCGCUGGGUUCUUGCCACUACUCGAACCUACCUUCUGCUCAUCGAUGCCCUCCAGAAGGGCGGCAAGAACGACGGCAAACUCGGUUUCGAGAAGUCCUUUGCCAAAGACGACAAACCCCAACCGCGUCGUCUCGCCCUUACACCUGCCCAUGUCGCCCAAUUCCAGCACGAGACCAAAGCACCUAUCUCCUUCACCACUGCACGUUUCAACACUGGCCUCGACGAGAAGGAAACCACUAUCAUCUCUGCCACCGGUCCAUUCAUCGUCACUUGGAGCCUUAAGAAGGUUAUUGCUAAUCGUAAAGACCCAUACAACAUCAAGCGCUACGCCGAGGAGGUCAAGGCCGACAACUUCAAGUUCGGUUCAGACAAGAACCUCAUCGUUGCGCUGCCAAAUGAAGUAGACAUGGUCGCUAAGAGGGCCUUGCAGCGACCGACGCGGGAGAGUAUUGCGAUGCCGAGUCGUGUUGGCGCUGCAAGGAGGAGUGGUGUACGAGGAAGCUAUUUGGGCCGGAAUGACAUUGUGAACAGCCCGUACUAG